GAUCAAGCAAUCGAUCUCAAUCGAGUAAAUCCGCGUUUAGGCUGAUGAGUCGAAUACCGAGUACUCCACCGAGCAAAAUGGCGAAUGACAAGGACCCAUUAAAACAGCUGAAAGAUCUGACGCAGCUCAAAAACCAACUGGAGGAGAUUCAGAGGAGAGUGGAGAACGAGAUUUCUGCAGGAAUCCCUCAGGGAGGCUCUGUACUAGGAUCUCCGUUUCUGAAAGGCUUUCUGGCUGGUUAUGUGGUAGCCAAGCUCCGCUCCUCGGCCAUUCUGGGACUGGUGAUUGGAACAUGUACUGGCAUAUAUGCAGCACAGAACUAUCAGGUGCCCAACAUUGAACAGACAGUCAAAGAAUAUAUGAGGAACAUUAAGAAAGGACCAAAGUAAUGUUUGGUUUGACUGCUCUCCAUCCACCUUUUGCUGUGGAACAAAAGGAAAUGUAAUAACUGGAAGAUCGAAUUUCUUGGGACUCAGAUGUUACAGACUGGAUUUUUUUUCUCAUUUUGUUUCAUAUUUAGUUGUGUUUUUUCACUUCACCACCUGUAAAAUUUUAUUCAGGGUUAUUUUUCAAAACAAAAUCUUGUUACUUGUCAUUAAUCUUUUGCUUAAGGUUUAUUAGAUUUUGAAUAUUUGGAUAUAGACAAUUUUUUUUUUCCUUUUUAUCGUCCAAAGAACAUGUGCAGCGCCAAACUAUAAGAGUAACAAAAUUCCAGUCCCUAUAAAUAUUUUUGAACUAUUUAAGAUAUGUAGCCGUUGUUUGACAAAGACGUCCUAAUGUUUCAGGGGUUUUGCACUAUAUUUUAUCCUUCAAAGUUGUUCAGACAUUAAAAGGUGUUUAUUCUGC